GAGAACCGCUUAACCGAGUCCUUGCUCUUUUCUUAAGCCGAGAGAGGUAUUUUAGCCAACCGAGCUCUUUUCUUUUUAUGUUCGUGUUGCUGAGGGUUAAGUUGAGACGAAAACGUGAUUAAUCAUGUUUUAACUUAGAUGAAAUGAAGAAGAAUGAGUACUAUUUCAUGUGCGUUUGGCCAAAUUGUUAAGUGAUUAAUAUGCUGAACAUUAUGAGGUUAUUAUGCUAAAAUUGGAGUGUUUUUAGAUGCCUCCAGAUCAGUUUAAAUUGGCCUAAGCAUGUUUUAUAUGAUGGAGAUAUAGUAGGAAGAAAAUGAGAAAGUUCUGAAGGAUUUUUGGUGUGUUAUAUGGCCUCAGUUUGUUAUAUUACUGAAUCUCUGUUAUAUGUAAGUUUACCAUGCUUACAGUGAAGUAUUAUAUACAUUUCAUAUCACUUUUUAAAGCCUGGCAUGAGUGGUUUAAGGUUUGAGAAAAUGAAGAAGUUAUAAGUUAGGUUGAUAUGUUUUGAACCUUGUUGUUUUGCCAUGCUUUGCAUUUGUUGUUGUCGUGCCUUUAACAUAUAUUCUAAAUGUAUAAAUUAUUAUAUCAAUUACUUUAACAUUUGAAUGUUUUAAAUUACAAAAAUAUUCUUAAAAUUUUUUUUAUAUGUAUAAUUUCACAGUAAAAUUAAUAUAUAUAAUUAAAAAUAUAAUAAACUCUGUCCAAUCGUGCACAACUACUAAUUCGACCGGUCAACCACUGAACCACAUAUUACCUUAAAUUAAACCGUACAAACUACCGCUGGAACAACGAUGUAUCUGGCUGACCCCCAACCUAAAAGAUUCGUGUCUAUUGGCCCCUCUUGGAGAAAACAGCAGAAUCGACUUAUCUUGGUCGAAAGCUCAGUUUGUGAUGCUCAGUUUGAGGUAUUCUCUGGCUACCGUUGGUGUAGGGUUGGAUAUAGCUCGACUCGGGAAAAACCGGUAUCCCUGUAGAGUGGAAUGUGGUGCUAAAGGUCCUCGACCAAGGUACCCUCGUGUAUGGAAAACCAAAAAGAAAAUAGGGACCAUUUCAAAAUCCCUGAAGCUCGUUGAAUGUAUUAAGGGAUUAUCAAAUGUGAAAGAGGAAGUGUAUGGUGCUCUUGAUUCCUUCAUUGCCUGGGAAUUAGAGUUUCCGUUGAUUACAGUGAAGAAAGCUAUAAAAAGCCUCGAGCAUGAAAAGGAGUGGAAAAGGAUAAUUCAGGUGACAAAAUGGAUGCUAAGCAAGGGACAAGGAAGAACUAUGGGAAGCUAUUACAUUUUGCUGAAUGCUUUGGCUGAGGAUGGGCGGGUUGAUGAGGCUGAGGAACUUUGGCAAACAUUGUUUUCUCAGAACUUGGAAAGUAUGCCGCGUAUGUUCUUCGAAAAAAUGAUUUCUGUGUACAGUCAAAAGGAAAUGCAUGACAAGAUGUUUGAGAUAUUUGCGGACAUGGAAGAGCUUGGAAUCCGGCCAACCGUGUCAAUAGUCACCAUGGUCGGUGAUGUUUUCAAGAAGCUCGACAUGUUGGACAAAUACAAGAGAUUACGGAAAAAAUAUCCCCCACCCAAAUGGGAAUACCGGUACAUCAAGGGUAAGCGCGUGAAAGUAAAGAUGCAGUAUAAUGAUCAAAACGAGAUUGUCAGUAGUGAGGUAAAGGGUUCUGAUGUGGUCGAUGGUGGUGAGUCAUCGAAACUGCAUGAGAAUGAUGCUGGAUAUCUCACGCGCAGACUUGUUGAAGUAGUUCAACACAUUGUUGUACGUCAAACAGAUUGUGGCACCGUUCGUGGUAUUUCUGUGAGUCCUCGAAAUGGAAUGGCCAAUUUUUCCGAUUCGGUAGUAUUCUUGCAUCACUUGGAUUAUCAAGGGUAUCGAACACUGAUUCCAGAGCACGUCGAGCUCCACGGUGAGGAGGUGGUUUUUUUUAUUCCCAUCUGUGGCAGUGCUCGUCCGGCCAAGGUGCCCUGCCGCGUAGGCUUUCCAGAUCCAGGCGGAAGGGACGACGACAAAGGCCAUGUCGUGGCCGGGGAGCACGCUUCGGUCUGGGACGACUAUACUGAUAACAUGAAUUCGGUCAAGAAUGAGCAAUCCAGACGGAAAGGGGAUGAGGCUGGAGAAGAACGCCCAGCGGUGCUGUUGGUGAGGAGGGUCGCGCCGGCAUCUUCCACCCUGGUGGUG